AUGCUCGCCUUCCUAGGCAGGAACAUGGCAAAGCCGUCCAGCUGGUUGAAGCCGGUGGCGUUAAGGAAGCUGCGAGGUCGCUAUCUGACCCAUCAGGAGGGCCUGCCCCAUCUGCCCGUCCCUCCCCUGCAGCAGACUUUGGAUCGUUACCUGCUAAUGCUGGAGCCCAUCAUUAGUGAGGAGGAACUCAGCCACACCAAAGAUUUGGUGCAGGAUUUUCGGAAACCGGGCGGCGUCGGAGAGCGGUUACAGAAAGGGCUGGAGAGAAGAGCGCGGAAGAACGAGAAUUGGCUUUCAGAUUGGUGGCUGAAAACAGCGUAUCUGGAGUAUCGGCUUCCAGUGGUCAUCCAUUCCAGCCCUGGCGUGGUGCUGCCCAAACAGGAUUUCCUGGAUCGGCAAGGCCAACUAAGGUUUGCGGCCAAGAUGAUCGAGGGGGCUCUGGACUUCAAGACGAUGGUUGACAACGAAACGCUACCUGUGGAAUAUCUUGGCGGGAAGCCUCUUUGCAUGAACCAGUACUACCAGAUCCUCUCGUCCUGCCGCAUCCCGGGCCCCAAACGUGAUUCAGUGGUGAACUACGCCCAGGGGAAGAAAUCGCCCACCCACAUCACCGUGGUUCACAACUUUCAGUUCUUUCAGCUGGAUGUUUACAGCAGCGACGGGAGCCCCUUGACCACCGAUCAGAUUUUUAUCCAGCUGGAGAAGAUUUGGAAUACAUCCCUUCAAACCAACAAGGAGCCCAUCGGGAUUUUGACAAGCAACCAUCGCAACAGUUGGGCCAAAGCCUACAACAAUCUCAUCAAAGACAAGACGAACAAGGAAUCUGUGCGCACAAUUGAAAAGAGCAUCUUCACUGUCUGCUUGGAUGCCCCAAUUCCUCGGGUCUCAGACGACGUUUAUAAGAGCCGAGUGGCUGCCCAGAUGUUGCACGGAGGAGGGAGUCGUUGGAAUAGUGGAAACCGCUGGUUUGACAAAACCCUCCAGUUUAUCGUGGCGGAAGAUGGAUCCUGCGGAUUGAUGUACGAACACGCUCCGUCAGAGGGCCCCCCCAUUGUGGCUCUACUGGAUCACAUUGUGGAGUACACAAAGAAGCCAGAGCUUGUAAGGUCCCCCAUGAUCCCAUUACCGAUGCCAAAGAAAUUACGGUUUAAUAUCACCCCGGAAAUCAAGAAAGAUAUUGAAAACGCCAAACAGAAUCUCAACAUCAUGGUGCAAGAUUUGGAUAUCAAAGUCAUCGUAUUCCACCAGUUUGGGAAAAAUUUCCCCAAGUCAGAGAAGAUCAGUCCGGAUGCUUUUAUUCAAAUCGCUUUGCAGUUGGCUUAUUACAGAAUGUAUGGGGAGCUUUGCUCCACUUACGAGAGCGCCUCGCUUCGCAUGUUCCGUCUCGGGCGGACGGACACCAUUCGCUCGACCUCCGUGGAUGCGCUGAAGUUUGUCCAGUCCAUGACUGCGGACAACAUACAGGAUCAGGAGAAGGCAGAAUUGUUGAGACGAGCCACCCAAGCACACCGAAGCUAUACGGACAUGGCCAUAAGGGGAAAUGCGAUUGAUCGUCAUCUUUUGGGCCUGAAGCUUCAAGCGAUCGAGGAUCUGGUGAGCAUUCCUGAACUCUUCAUGGACACCGCUUACGCUGUGGCCAUGCACUUCAACCUCUCCACCAGCCAGGUUCCCGCCAAGACAGACUGUGUGAUGUGUUUUGGCCCAGUGGUGCCAGACGGCUACGGCGUUUGCUACAACCCCAUGGAGGAGCACAUCAACUUUGCCAUCUCGGCCUUCAACAGCUGCAGUGAAACCAACGCUGCCCGGCUGGCCCAUUACUUGGAACAAGCCUUGCUGGACAUGCGGCUUCUGCUCCAGUCCACUCCCAAGUCCAAACUUUAAGAGGGGAAGCCCUGGAGAGGUGAACUGCCUGCUCAACUUACUGUCAUCUGGGUGGGCUUCAUCCUGACCCUGGACUCCCCUGAAGGACAGAAGACUUUUCGUUGUGGCGCUGAGUUUGCGGGACGGAAAUGAACUCCACCAGUCCUCUCCCUGCUCACCUUUCCUCCGUUCACCUCAGUCUGUGCCUUAGAGUGGUUUCGCAGGGAAAAUGGGGAGGGGGGCUCCUGAAUUCAAGGGAAUCUUGGUUGGAUGCUGGGUUGAAAGAGAAGGUCUUGGCUCAAAGCCUCCUGAGAAUUUUAGCCCGGGAUUUUGCACGUUUGUUCUCCAUGUGAAUAGACAAGUUGGUUUCAUAGCAUCCAUCAGUAUGAUGGGUUUCACGGUAGAGCCAGUUUAUCAUCUGAUGAUAAAGAUUGCUUUCUCCUUCCCUUUUCUUCUUCCUCCCGUUCCCCUUCUCCAUCAUCAUCAUCCUUUCUCAUUGUCCUUCUCCAUCUCGUCCUCCUCCUGGACCAACGGCGGAUUCUUUGAUCUUACAAAAUUGGCUCAGAGAGUUGUCCUGCCAGAGUUGAUACCAUACUAAGGAGCAUUUGAAAAUGCCAACAUUGUCUAGGAUUUUCUGUGCCAAUAGAUAUUAUUUCAUUAAAUGAUAAGUCUUUUGUUUUUUUAAAAAGUAUAUAUAUUUGUUGGGAGAUUAGCCCCCGAUUUCUUUCUGUUUUUUAGCUUCCUUUGCUGAUUGGCUAUUGCUGGCUAGGAUUCUGGCUACCCAAACCAGGAUAACUAUUUUAAGUCGCAAGAUGUAAACGUAAGACCGACAGUUGUGGCACGGCAAAAAGCCAAUCUUCAUGCCCGCAUUUUGAAUAGUAAAAUGUUUUAAGUUUCUAAGAUGGGGAAAAACCAAGAUACAGCUUUUCUUUUUCUUUCUUUCUUUUCCUUUCCUCUUCCUUGUUUCUCCUUCCUUCCUUCCUGUGCUACCAACACAGCUCAGUGGCCAACGUGUUGUAAGAGAAUUCAUAGAGUGCCAAAUUAGAUUUGGGUGAUGAGUUCCUUCCAGAAGGAUGAGGGAAAUUCUCCCCACAGGUAGCAUUUGCCACAAUAUUCAUGAGAUCCGGCGACUUGAUGGAAGCGCGUCAGCCGAAACUGUUCAGUCACAGAAGUGCCUUAUAUUGCCUGCUCCCAGGGAUAAAAUGUAAAGUGGUUUACAAAUUGUAAGUUGAUAUGUUAGCUUUAAAGUUUUUAACGUGCUGUACAUUGAAAGGCAAAUGUGGUGGGUAAUUUUAAAUAGAGCGUUUAGAGCAGGGUUUCUCAACCUUAGCAGCUAAUAAGAUUCUGGGAAUUGAAGUCCACCUAUCUUACAGCUGCUAAGAUUGAGAAACACUGCUUUAAAAUGUUUUUAUAUAUAUAUAAAUAUGUAAAAGUAAUGAGAAUUAGGGACAGGACAAGGACAGUUCACGCUUUGUGCCACAUUCAUACAACAUGCUAAGCUUGCCAGGUUCAACCUUGUUCUGAGUAUUUGCAACCGUUCCCGUUGUCUGAAUUCAACCUUCAGGUUCCUUUUUGCUUUUUGGCGUUCCCGCGCUCAGAAUAUGGGUUGAUUUGGGCACCCCUUAAAUAGAGAGAUUCCCAGGAGUCCCAAAUAUGAUGCCAGCUAAGAAUUCUGGGAAUUUAAAAAAAAAAAUACUCCUCACAAUUCUAUGGAAGCUGAUCAGCUAGUUUUAAGGUCUUAAAGCAGCCAAAAUGUUGCCUGUCCUAAUGUUCUCCUAACACAACAGAGAUUUUGCACUGUUUAGUGAAGAAUUGCCAAAUUCUUGCUUGUUUGGUUUUUUAGCACUUUGGCCCAAUGCUUGUGUGAUUGGGCUGUAAAUUGUAUUACAUGGAUUUUUGGCAAAAUGUCUUGUUCUGAAAGACGCAGAGAAAUGGAGCUAUAUAAUAAAUAUAAAUAUAUCCUAAUUAAAAGAUGGGAAAAGAA